AUGCGCAGUUUUAUGGCAUUUACCGUGUGCUUGUGGAUGAGUUCAAGUAACACUAAAGGAACUCUUGUUAGUUACGCUCUAAGCAACAGUGACAACGAGCUGCUUGUCGAAUACGAUGGAAAUUUUGACUUUUUCAUCGGUGGCACACAAAGCACAACAUCAGUAACAGCUAACGAUGGCGAAUGGCACUACAUCUGUAUUUCGUGGGAACGCAGCUCGGGAUCAUGGAAAUUCUACAAAGAUGGCGAUCUGGAAGAAGAAGGCGACAACUUCAAGAAAGAUCACCAAGUAAGACAAGGUGGAACACUGGUGCUAGGACAAGAGCAAGACUCGGUCGGUGGUGAAUUUGAGUCUUCUCAAUCCUUCCGAGGAAUGCUAUCGCAUGUGAAUCUAUGGGAUCGUGUGCUUCCUGGUGUACAAAUACAGGAGAUGUCAAAAUCAUGUGGGCCAGAUGAUCAGUAUGAUGGAAAUGUGUACAAAUGGCUCGAUUUUCCUCGCGAGGGAGGGCCUAAGCUGGUUGAAUCACCCACAUGUAAACUAGUGGAAGCGGGUAUGUGAUGGCUUAUAGUGCUUUAGAAGAAUAUACACAAAGGGAAAUCCUCCUUAAUACUACUAUGCUUCUUUUGGCAGAACUAUCUAGACCUUAGAACUACGCAAAUACAAUGCAGGUUUUGUCUAAAUUUUCUGAGUGACUUUAACACUACAACGCUGACAGUGCGUGCACACGAGUGUUCCUUUGGGAUACUGGCAACAGAGAAGCUUUCCGUAUUCACUUGUUCAUAUUCAGUGUUAUUAAAUAUUACGUUUUGCUACAUGUAAGUGCCAUCUCUGGAAAAGCCUACUAUUAAGCUGUAUUACUCGUUGAA